GUUAAAAGAUUGAUUGAUAGACUGUUCAUUCAGUAUAAUCUGUUACAUCAUUGUCUGUUCGUUAUAAACUUAGACUUCAGUGAUUGUUAACUAAAUGAAUCAAGUUUGAAUAGAACCGCUAGUAUUAACUAACCUAAGUGACGGGCAUAUCGACUGAAUUGUCCGGCGUGAAGUUCAAGAAAUAGCCCUGCCCCUGACGAUACAGAUGCGCUAGUGGAACUCCUGAUGGCAAGCUGUGGUGAGGUUGACCACUCUGCUGGCUCGCUAGCACCCAGCAGGAAAGGGGCCGGCGAAACGUGCUCCGGAUCGGGAGGGCUCUCGCCAUCUCUGCCCGUUCCGGAAUGUGCCAUUUGCCUCCAGACGUGCGUCCACCCCGUGCGCCUCCCCUGCCGGCACAUUUUCUGUUUCCUGUGCGUUAAAGGAGCGUCUUGGCAGAGCAAACGUUGCGCCCUCUGCAGACAGGAAGUUCCCGACGACUUUCUGGAACGACCCACCCUGUUGUCACCUGAGGAGCUGAAGGCUAGUGCAAGAGGACAAGGCACGGGCGAAUACGCCUGGUACUACGAGGGCCGUAAUGGUUGGUGGCAGUAUGAUGAGCGUACCAGUCGUGAGCUGGAAGACGCCUUCUCCAAGGGGAAGAAGACCACGGAAAUGCUGAUCGCCGGUUUUCUGUACGUGGCCGACCUGGAGAACAUGGUGCAGUACAGGCGAAACGAACACGGCCGGCGUCGCAAGAUGAAACGAGAUGUCGUGGACAUUCCCAAGAAGGGCGUGGCCGGAUUACGGCUGGAUGCGGACGCCGUCGCACAAGCCGCGGUACGGGAAAACUCUGCCGACGGGGCGGACGCUUCCGUGUCGCGCGGGGUGGGAUCCGUUCAGGGCACUUCCUCUGGUAGACCCCCCGCCUCUCUCAGGGCUCCGCCCACAAGCACCACCAGCUCCUCCCCUGACCAUAGCUCCUCCCUGGAGAGUGCCUUCGACCAGUUACAGAUCAGUCCAUCUGUUGCCCAGCAACGAGGGGUUAUCGGAGAGGAGGAAGACAGAGACGAAAGCAGCUCUCCCAGAGAAUCCUCUGACUUAAAUACCUCAGUGGAGGAACUGGCGAGCAGCAGCGAGGAAGAGGAAGACGAGGAAGAGGAGGAGGGUGAAGCCGAAGGAGAAGAAACACAGGGCAGGCACAGACUGUAUCAGCUGGGCUCAAACCCAGUUAACAGAUCGCCUCCCGGUGGUCACUCCACCGCCGCUACCACCACUGGCGUGCGAGGGAGAAGGCCAGACGGCCAAUGCACAGUGACUGAGGUGUGAACUUACUUAUCACCUUACGCUGGAAAUUACAUUCAGUCGAUAUUGCACUCAGAAAAGAAAAAAAAAAAAAAAAAGGCAACUCCAACAGCAACUGAAGUCUUGUAGACUGUAGAUUCAUUAGGUCUCAAAUGUAAUAUGGCUUGAUCAACAUCUGCCCACCUCCCCAACUAAAAAAGCUGUUCGAAAUAGUCCUAUUUUCAUGGUCGAUCUCUUACUUUUGGUUUGUGAAAACUUGUUUUGUUGAAUGUGAAUUUGUGGUUUCCUCUAAACUGUCAUUGUUGAAUGUGCUGCUGACAUUUUAUGUCACGCCUUUAAUGUCGUAUUCCCAAAACCAUAAGCAAGAAAUGUAGGUCUGUCUGACCAGUAACCCCUCUCGUCCAAUCAAGUAUUUUAUUUUAUUUGUUUUAUUUUCAGCGGUUAGGAAUUUGGUUGACGUUGAGAACUACAGUUUGUCACUCUCCAAAUAUCAGCUAACAUCAUGCUUUGGUUGUAAUUUUCAAGUAGUGUUAUUUUGUGUUCAGUAAUGAAAGUGUGGUUUGGAGUUCUUAAUUCAUAUUUCAGUGACUACAUGCUCAUCAUUUUCAUAACUUGUGCAUGCAUCAUAAAUAGGAAAGGGGGGUUAUCAUUACUGACAAUGGUAAUUAUAGGGUUUAUUUGGUAUUUUAU